GAUUGCCACACUGCCUCUGGUAAAAAAAAAUAAAAAUGAUGCUCAGAGUUAUGCUAGCAGUGCUGCUGCCAGUGGCAGCUCAUCAGUCCCCUCUGCCCACAGACUGUAGUGACAUCUACAGAGCCGGCUCAGGCCAGAACGGAGUAUACACCAUCUACCCAGCAGGCCCCACCUCUCCUGUGCAGGUUUACUGUGACAUGAGCAAGGAAGGCGUCAAUGAUUCUACAGAAAAGUGGACAGUCAUUCAGCGAAGACAAGAUGGCACAGUGAACUUCUACAUGAAGUGGGAUCACUAUAAAACUGGAUUUGGCAGCGCUGCUGGAGAGUACUGGCUGGGCCUGGAGACAAUGCACCUGCUGACCCAGGCCAAGAACUACGAGCUGAGGGUAGACAUGGAAGACUUUGAGGGCCAGAGGGUCUUUGCAGAUUAUUCGUCCUUCUCUGUUGGUCCAGAGUCAGACGGAUACAGGCUAAAGCUUGGAAGUUUCAUCAAGGGAGCUGCCGGAGAUUCUCUAAGUAUUCACAAUGGACAGAAAUUCACCACCACUGACAAAGAUCAAGACACACAUGUUUCAAACUGCGCCAGGAUUUGUUUUGGAGGAUUCUGGUAUGAAGGGUGCUUUGCAGCUAACCCUAACGGGAUCUACACCUGGGGAUCUUCACCCCGUUUAGCUGGUAUACACUGGAGCAAUUUCAAAGGGCUUGAAUACUCCCUAAAAACCAUGAUAAUGAAGAUCCGACCAGUUGCUGCAUAAAAAUUAAAGGGGAUCUACUUCAGUGAUAGUUUAGCUUAUGUAUCAUAACCAGCAGUUAUUUAGCAAUGUAAAAACAGAAGCAAAUAAAAGCAAACAUUGAUUCUAUUUCACACUCAGAACUAAAUACAGUUUUCAAAAGAACACAUUUCAUUUAGGAUGGAGAAAAGAAUCUAAUUCCUUCCUCAGUCUGCAGGCUCGAUAAUGAUCAUAAUAACCUCUUUUAGACAGGCAGCUAAGAUCACGAUAAGGCUGGUGAUACAUUUCUCUUGAGAACAAAACCAAUUUAAUUGAUCCAACUGUGAAUAUUGUUUGAUAUAUCUUUGAUUAUUCUGUGACCAUAGAGCUAUAUUUUUAUCCACUAACUAUUAAAAACAGUGAGCCCUACCUUUACACUGGGUGACAUACAUGUGACAAACGCCUCCUGAAAACAGUCCCUAGCAAAUGCAUUAUUUUCCCCAGUUUGAGAAAGGUUUGCUAAAAACCGCAAUGAGCAGCUGUUUCAGGAAGAAACCUCAUAUUUUGACCUAUUUUCUAAAGAUUUAAGUCUUUGGUAUGAAUGAAUGGGCUUGUUAAGUGUCACAAACAAGGUACAAGUGCUCAAGAAUUGAGAGACAAACAAACAGUUAGUUUUGGUAUUUGUCUGAAAUAACAAAAAUAGGGUGCAACAUCAGCCUUCACCUUUAAGGAAAAUCAGGGGCCGUCAUAGAAAUAAAACACUCUGAGCAGAUUUUAACUGACAAUGUGUGACACACAACUCACAGAUACCGAAGAAAAAUAUGACCUCACAUCAAUUCUAGUAAUGAUCAAUACAAUAGAGUCAUUUAGCACCAACCAGAGAACGUCUGAAAGCUGCUAACAAAUUGGCAGUAUGCAUAAAAUGUUUAACAAAAUACAUCAAGCUCUACAAGAAAAGAGUAAACCAAAACCAGUUCACAAAAUGUAAAAAAGUAAUUUUAACACAAAAAAAGAAAAUUUUCCAGCUAAACACAAGAACAUUGAGGCUUGGUAUACUCCCAUCAUCACACAAAACCAGGAGUCUCUGCUAUUUAAAAACUGGAUAAUGACAUUGUAGAGGACAGAUUAUUUGUGGAUGAAGAGUCAGGUUGAGUAUUUCACCUGCAAAGCACUCCAUGUUAAGUGUUCCCUCAUUCCUCUGCAGCUAAAACCUCUUCCACAGCUUGGAGGUCUGCACUCUGCAAAUCAGCUGAUCCCCAAAGAUUUACAGCAUAACUGAUCACACUGUUCUCUUUGAAAUGUUGCAUGUGGCUUAUAAUAUAUUAUACAAUAGUUUUGGAUUGUUAACCCCAAUAGUGGCUUUUCUUUGGCCGAGCUGUUGCCAAAUAUCAUCAAAUUUGAUGAUGUUUGAAAAUAUAUACAGAUAUUCAAAAAUCCAAAGAUGACAAAAGAAAGUAGAGCUGCAACAAUUAAUUUCAAUUAAUUGUUUAGUCUAUAAAAUGUCAGAAAAAAAAGAAACGCCUAAAAGUACUCAGAGCCCAAAGUGACAUCUUCACAUUGCUCCUCAAUUGGUUUUGAAUUUACAAUGAUACUGUAAAUUGAGAAAAGCAGUCUUCACUAUUGAGAAGCUAAAACAAGAAAAAUAACUGGCAUACGUGCCUAAUAAAUGAACAAAUGAUAAAAAGACUUUUCCAUUGUGAAGAUUUGUGUUGCAGAUUAUUUUACUUGUUUUAGCUCUGAAAGAAAGGCAGAGGAAUGUGUUUCUUGUCACUGCAGGUUCAGAAGGAGCCUCCACAGCAUCAGAGCUAACCAUGAGAUUCAGACACUCAUAUCGCUCCCCCACACUGAGCCACACACACACACAUACCAGUUUAAUGAUCCGCCUUUGGAGUUUUAUGACAUCUGUGAGGGGAGGGAGAUGGGAUAGGAGAGAGGGCGGUUGCCAUGGCAACUGAAGCUCCUAAAUUUGCAGCAUCGCACUGGGUUCAUCGAAUGUUGUGGGAUGGAAAGAACCAUCUGGUGUGGGGUUGGGUCUGAAACCUCAAUAUGUUUUUGAUACCAGCUGAAAUAUGUCCGUAGCACAAAGUACCGAAAACUGUCAAGUACUGAAAUCCAGUAUUGAAUGUCUAGAAAUCCGAUCAAAUAACAACGCUAAGAAUCUGACCAGUGAUUUAAAUAAACAUGAACAUUUUAUUUGUACUUGUACAGCUGUUUGUGUUUAGACAAUUACUUCUUGAAAAAAAGGGUUUAUAGUAUAUUCCUCAAAGUGAGGUAUUGAGAAAAUUAUUGUUUUGGCACCAAAACUUUUGGAUAUUGGAUCAGCACUAGUAUUGAAAAAUAUCAGAAGUAUUAAAGAAUAUCACCAAAAACGUUCAA